AUGACAGCCAAUGUGGAAGGGCCGAGGCUCAUUGUCGGCAUCGACUUUGGUACCACCUUCAGCGGUGUCGCCUGGGGGAUGGACGGUUGCCCUGAUGAUAUCGAGGUCAUCCAGACAUGGCCAGGAGGUGGAAAUACUACUUCUCAGAAGAUCCCAACCCUGCUGUUGUAUGAUGGCAAGCGGAUGAAAUGGGGUUAUGAAGCCGAGCAGGCAGUUUACCCGGGGAACGGCACCAACUUAUUCAAGGUGUCAAGCUUCUGA